AUGUCUCGACUUACUGGUUAUCACAUCAUGAUUGUCUCCAAGUAUUUUGAGACCAUUGACAACUUUAUUAAGUUGGAGUUAGUAUGCAAAAAGUUUGGUGGUAAUAUGGAGAAGUUUCACUUCAACCCAAUUCCGUUGAAUUUCAAAACACUUGGAUACUUUCCAAAGAUUGAGACACUUCACUUGUGGAAUGCAAAAAAUGAGAACUUUGGCAAUGGAUUUUUGAUCAACACAAAAGAAAAUAUAGAUUGUGAAAAUAAACCCGUUUUUAAAAAAGAGUUCUUCUGUAUUAUUGUGUGGUUUGAUGUUGAUUUUGAAACUUUUGACAGAAACAAAAGUCUAAACAUCGAGUUUAAAAAUAUCACUUACACUCAAAAUGAUAGAGAGAAAUUUGGUAAUAACAUACCAUCAAAUGUUAAAUCACUUGGUGAUAAUUGUUUUCGUUGCUGCAGUAGUUUAAGUAGUAUUGCUAUACCAUCGAGUGUGACAUCAGUUGGUUAUGGUUGUUUUGGUGAAUGCAGUAGUCUUGGUAAUGUUAACAUACCAUCAAGUGUCAUAUCAAUUAAUAUAGGUUGUUUUUAUAAAUGCAUUAAUUUAAGUAAUGUUAUAAUACCAUUACUUGUAAAAUCAAUUGAUGAAAGCUGUUUCUAUGAAUGUGGUUGUUUAAGUAGUAUUACAAUACCAUCUAGUGUCACAUCAAUUGGUGAUUUUUGUUUCCGUGGAUGUAUUAGUCUAAGCAGUAUCACAAUAUCAUCUAUUAUAACAUCAUUUGGUGAUUUUUGUUUCUGUGAAUGCAGUAGUCUGAGAAGUGUUACAAUACCAUCUUGUGUUAAAUCACUUGGAAUUCAAUGUUUCUAUGGAUGCAGUAGUUUGGGCAGCAUUACAAUACCAUCAAGUGUGACAUCAAUUGACAAUAAUUAUAAUUUAGUUAUUUGUUUAAAUAUAAUAAUCAAAAAAAUCAUUGAAUAUAAUACUGAAAUCGAAAAAAUCAAAAUCGAGAUUGAGUGUGCAAAUAAAAAGGCUUCUAAAGCCAAUUUACACAAGAUAACUUAA